ACUCUUGGUGCCGUGGCGGCGGUACUUUAUUGGAAGGCAAUCUGAUUUAAUUGUGGAGCUCCGUCUCCGCUAAACGCUUCUCCGGUGCAUGCUGGAUUAAUAACCGAGCCCCUUAACGUUCGCCAGUAUCCAAUCAGCGCUGUCAGUGCAAGUGGUUGACCGUGGCGAUGCUACGAGCGAGGCUAGACAGGCAGUAUGGCGGAGGAGGGCAGUGUGUACGAGUUAGGGGGGCUCGAAAAACAAUUAGAGAGUUUGUUGACCCGCUACUCAAGUGAUGAAUUGCGAGCCAAUAGUGAACUGUUCUGUUCCGACUUUUGCAAGCUGGUGGAAGAGUAUGCCUCUCGCUGGCAAGUGCCGCUGCCUCAGCUCAGGAUCCUUGAGAUAUCUCUCUGCUAUUUCGCUCGAGCCUGCACCUUCUUUCCAUCAAACUGUGAUCAUGUGCUCCACACACUCAGUAGUCUGGCUUUGAGUCUUUUUGAGUUGCUGCUGUUCUUUGACCAGAAGGACUUCCAUCAGGAGCCACUGAAACAGUUCACCGUUACAUUCCAGGAAUGUCACCAGUUGGCCCUUGGUGAGCUUCAGAAUGUCCACUUACUUCAGGUGGAGCGUUUGGUCCGGGGCGGCGGGCCCUGGGCCGUCCCAGCCUUACAGGCAAUCCUCAGUGAGUCCAAUUUACCUCAGAGUGAAGUGGAUGGGUGCAUCAGCUCCGAGAUGCCGGUGUUCUUUGAGCUCCGGGUGCACUACCUGUUAUCCUGUGAGCGGGUCAGUGAGGCUAUGGCCCUGGCUAAGUGUUGUGCUCGGAAUCCCACAGCGGGACAACACUUGUUCUUCCUCCAGGUCUACCUCACGUGGCUUUUGAAAACUUCACAGCAUGACCGCCUACAUAAAGAGGUGGCUGAAUUAAAUGGUAAAGAUGCAAUUCACAUCAUCUGCAGUUUGGAGUGUGAGGAAAAGGACGAGUUGCUACUCGCCCUCAGUAGAGCCUUCCUCUCCCAGCAGCUUCGCAGGGGAGACAUGUACUAUUUGUGUGAUCUUGUCUUCGUAUGGAGUAAACUUCACAGUCGGUUGAAUACAUCCAAGAACGCUCUACUUGGGGAGAGUCAUCAGCUGAUGCUGUCUGCGACCAAUGUCAACUCAAUCUUCCCAUUCAUCAGAGCCAUACUGCAAGAGCUGGGUGAAGAUGGUAUCCAGUUCUGCGUGGAGCUUUGUGCCAAUGCUCUGGGUUCUUGCCUUCCCUGCGACGUCAUCACAAAGUCCCUAAUCUACAAAACAAUAGCCGGCCUGCUACCCAAUGACCUGGAGGUUUGCCGGGCUUGUGCUCUUCUCGUCUUCUUCCUCGAACGCACUGUUGAGGCCUACAAGAUGGUGUACCUUCUUUACAUGCAUCCGGAUCAGGAGUACCACGUGGAGGACAGCCCCAUUAGAAAUCACGUUCGCUUUGAAACCCUGCAGGUCUUGAAGAAGGACUUGUAUUUUGACCCAGAGUUUUGGAACCUCAUUGCUUUGCGGACCAACUGUUUGAAGCUGAUGAGUGAGAAGGCGGUUAGUGGUGCCCUGGAAGAAAUCAUGGAGGACAAAUGGAUCCUGAGCUACUGCACCAAAGAAGCUGCUUCCCGAUUAAGCACGGCAGUAUGCCAGAAAGGAAGUAAGGGGACAGCAGCUAAAAAGCGGCACCAUAAAGAGGACAGACAUCAUAAAAAUGAUACUGACACUGCAUCCAAGAGAUUAAAGGUGGGUCCAGGCAAAACACGGCCUAAUGUUGACCCCACUGUAAAGAAGAAAGGCAACCGAGGGUCAUCAUCAGCUGAACCUUUGAGGCGUUCAUUUUGGCAGCUAGACAGGCUACAGGACAAUGUAGCCGUUAGGCAUGGGGAACUUAAACGCACUACACGACUCUCGGAGAAGAACCCACCGAAACGGAGGAUUAGAAAACCCAAGUGGCUUCUGGAAGACUCAGGAAAUCUUGGAGAGAAUAAUGUUCUUCCGAAGAUCAAAAAGCAUGGGUUGAAACAUCAAAAGCACCAUGGAUCCUCUGUCAUAAAGAGGUCUGAAACUGGUGAGCUUAAGAACAAUGCAAAACACAAACCUUCAGUAAACUCUCAUUUAAUGGCAAGGAAAAACAACGGCAAGCACCAGAAAGGGUUUUUGCUGGGCCCUCUAAAACCAGCCCCCCCGCCACAAGUGAUUCUUGAGCUCUCCCUGCCAGACAACGAACUGAUGGGAACGUUUACUGAGGACACUUUGAACAGACAGAGAGGUUUACCUCAAGUGCUUCUUUACAGACCUACGGUGAAGCUUCCUGCCGCAUCACAACCGGUGAAGACUGUGCAGCGCAAAGAGGUGAUUCUUAGAGCGCGGGAUGCAGCUAUGUUUGUACAGCAGUUGCACAGUUAUGCUCGGCUGCAGAAAGGAAAAGGUAAUAGGCUGAACGUUCAAGGCUCAGUAUCAACCAUCACACGCUCCUCUGUGCAAGGAAGUCCUCCAAAAGAGCCACACAGAAGGCUCUGUAAAAAGCCUGCCGCUGAGAUGAAAGGUGGAAUUGCCUCUCAGACACUGGCAGCUGAAGUUACACAAUCCCCAGCUUUAGAAACAGUCCUUCAAGUUCAAACUAAGAAACCAGUCUCACGAAAGACAUUUUCAGGCGGAGAGCUCUCCAAACAGUCUGCUGCAGAGAUGGAAGCUACUGAAGCUUCAGCGGAGAAACUCUGUGAAGAGUCUGCUGUUGAGAUGAAAGUCACUAUUGCCUCAAAAGCGGCUAAAGUGACUCAAUCCCCAGGUUUAGAUAAGGUCUCCAAAGAUCAAACCGUUAAAGACCCUUCAAAAACCACAACUUCAGCUGAGGACAACAGUCAGAUGGUAGUUACUGAUAACAUCCCUCCCAUCUCAAUUAUGGCAAACAUUUCAAACAUUGGAUCUUUUGAUCCCGCAUCCUCACAGUCUCAAGAUGUUCUUAGAGACAGAAAACAAGAUCUGAAGUCACACUCUUCUCAGGCUGAAACAGGCAGAAAUCUUGUAGCCCAAGAAAAAGCAGACAUCCCAGAGGUGCUCACCACUGUGGGCAACAACAUUUCUGAGGUGGAUGUCCCAGGUAUUUUCCCCAAACUCUCAAAAGGAACAAUGGUCACUACUGAUACACCUACAGAUCAGGACAGUAUAAAUACCAUAUCUGCUCUGACAUUAGUAACAGAAAUGGUUACUGAACUUGCACCUGUGGCAGUUGAUCUGGAGAAUCAGAAACGGCCGGCUCCAGAGGACAGUUCCUCCAAGGAGUCUACAGCUGGAAGUAAGUCUACAGCUGGAAGUAAGUCUACAGCUGGAAGUAAGUCUACAGCUGGAAACUCCUCGCAAGUUUCUCACAAAUUGCGCACUGCUUCCAGCUGCUCUGUAGUUGCUGAUGUGCAAGGGAAGGAAGAGGGACCUCAGGAUAUUGGUCCAGAAACGCCCGAGAACAGUAAACUAAUAGAAUCCGAGGAAUCCAAGUUGGAGUACUGCUGUACAUUCUGUAACAAAGUCUUUAAGGGAAGUCGGGUUGUAGCACAUGCUAUGUUCCAUUAUCGUAAAGAUGAGUGCAUGUUCUGUAGGACGAUGUUCAAAGAUGACCUCCUGGCCAUGAUGCACCUUUCUGACCAUAUUGAGAAGCUAAAGAGGAGCAAAGAGUCCGCUGGUAAUACCCAAGAAAACUGGGUCUCUGAGACCAAAGAUAUCUCCACACCUAAGACCUCUGCCAAAGCUAAGACCACACACGUGUCUUCUGGGUGCCGUAGUAGUGGGAGAACAAGGCAGUCUACUGACUGUCUUAAAUUAAUAAGCCUUCCAGAUUCAACACCAUCUGGCUCCAGAAAGUUAAGAUCCAAUGACAAGCCAGUGGAUCGUCAGUCUUUACAUGAAAAGAAACAAAACGUGUCAAAGCACCUUAAUAAUAAAACUCCUGUUCACAAGGUAAAUGGGCAUAUUGGCAAGAAGAAAAGGCUCGGCAGACCGAGAAAAGACACCUUGAGCUCAGAAGCUAAGCAGCCACUUAUACAGGAGGAGCUCUCUCAAGUAAGAUCAAAUGAUGAAGCCGAGAAUCCCAGGUUGCAAAAAAAACAAGAUAUAGAGAUGGGUUCUUCUGCAACAUCAGCACAGGUAGACAAAAAGUUGGGCUGUUUGACUGAAGAUAAAAUGGAGACAACAUCUGUGCAGGUCCUGAAGACGGCCCCAAAACACAGUGGGAAAGUUGUCGAGGAGAAAAACGCGGAGCCACAAGAGGGAGUCUGCUGUCCUGUGGAGGGUUGCGCCUGGAUUACAGACCUGUCAAAAAACCGUGUUGCACUCCUCUACCACGCUCUUGAAGAUCACUGCGGUGAAGUCAAACCUUUAGAACUGGCGUUCCGUGUGGCAAACAGCAAAUGUAGUAGUUGCAUGAGGGUUAUGUGGAGUUUCGAUCACUUUCAGCACCACGUUGAAAGACACAGACUCACUCCGCGGCAUCCUUGCCUUCAUCAGGGUUGCACUGCCCGGUUCAAAACUGGGAUGGAAAUGAGACGCCACGCCAGGAGGCACAGUCCGCUGCAGGCAGUGUGCUGCCGCCCUGGUUGUUCUCAACUAUUUAUUUGUCUCUGGGCACUGAACCUUCAUGAAAGAGAGCACUAUGCUUCCCAACCCACUAAACCAGACAAGAACACAAAUCAGCAAACGGGUGACAAACACGAUAACACGCCGGGCGGUAAGAAACAACCAGAUCAUAGGCCACAAGAUGCAACCGCUGCCACUACUGUAAAUAAAACUGCGAGUGUAAAGGCUGCUCAUAAGUUACGAGGAGAAGCGUUACAUAACUCGCCAACUGGGAAGCCUGUUCAGGCUCCUUCUCCCACCACUGUCGGAUCACCUCUGUUGAAAGAGAGAAAUGCGACCAAGGAUUCACACGUCUUAAAGAAUCUUUCUAACAAGGACACCUCCACACAGCCCACUGGCCCUAAUCUGAGAUUAAGGCAAACGUUAAGAAAAGACAAAGUAGCAAAUACAACCGCAAGUCACAAAGUCAUCUCGUCGUCGUUGUUAAAAUACAAUAUCAAAGUAAGACACAAGUUAAAGAAAAAGCAGGUCAAAGUAAACACAAAAGGUCCUAAGAGGAGAGGGCGUCCUCCUAAGUCAAAGGAAGCUGUGCACGAUGAAAACACUACUACUGGUCAAAACAAUCCAGCUGUCGUAGAAAAAACGGCGCCGCUUGCGAGCCCCACUAAAGCAGCAGAGACCUCGAAUGUGAGCAACGAGUCAAAAGAAGAAGAAAAGAGUCAGCCGGUCCAAGAUGUAGUCACAAGUACGGAAACCUCAAUCGAUGAAUCAAAGUCUAAGAAGUCAACGAUCAAGCAGACAAAGAAGAAAUUUGUUAAACAAAAGGGCAUUUCUCAUGCCUCCACAGCUAUUGUGACCGCUAACAGCUUAAAUCAAUCAGUCAGCACCACCUCAGCAGACAAAACACACAAGUUGACAGCUGACAAAAUGAAGAAGCUGCAUAAAGUGAAAAAACGUUCCGCUCCUAAAGAGAACAGUAGUCAAACUGCUUCUUCAGACGCCAGCAAGUCAAAAAGGAAUAAGGUUACAAAUGGCAAAGCCAACGCAAAGAUUGUCAAGAAAAAAUGUCCUCUCCAAGAUCCAGAGUCUGUCUGGAAAAAGCCUGGCAAGUCCAUAUCUGAUGUCCAGCAAGUUGAGGCCAAGGCAUCGGCAGGAGUAGAAAGUUCUGCUGAUGAGGAGGGAAGAGCAAAGACAGAAAACACAGACUCGACACAAAGCCGCUCUGGUAAAUCUGUGUCUUUAAGUGCGCCACCGCGCACCACCUCGGAGAAAACGCAGAAGGUGACAAAAGAAGAAAAAUCUAAGAAAUCACAUGUGAAAAAAGAAGGAAAGAAAGAAAAGAGUAGUCACGGUGCUCCUUCAGACUCAGGCAAGACAAAUAAGAAGAACAAAUGUAUGAAUAAAAAAGAGGACAUGAAAACGCCCGAGGAAAGACGGCCGUGCAAAGAUGCAAGCACAACCUCUGCUUUGAAAAAGAAAGCCAAGUCUGAAGCAGUAGACCAACAGGUUGAGGCUAAAGCAGCAGCAGCAGCAAUACAAAGCUCGCCUGAUGUGGAAGAAAAAGAAGGACCAACGGAUACAACGCACGACCGCUCUGGCUCGCUCAUCCCUGCCGCCAAAUCCAAGAAACCUCACGUCGCGAAAAACUCCGACCCCAGCAAGGCAAAUAAGAAGCGCAAGAAUGUUGAUAAGGAAGGUGACCCAAAGAUUGUCAGGAAGAAAUGCAAAGGCCAGGGGGCUUCAUCAGCAUCCAGGAAGCCUGCACAGUCCGAAACUAAAAUCCCACCGCUCGCUGAGCGGAAAGCCGAGGUAGCGGGGAGCGCUGCAGGCGAGGAGGGAGAAACUUCAGCGGAAACGCCGCAGUCUACAGUUGGCAGGGCCGGUUCCUUUGUAGUGACCAACGGACAAGCAACAAGAGAGGAUGUCGAAUCUACGGUGUUUAAGAACGCCCUGGAGGAGUAUAGCAAGAGGCCGUUCAUGCGCCUGCCACCCACAGCGUACCUGGACGAGAAGUACAUUACCAUGCCAAAACGAAGGAAGGCGCUGUCGUUUUUCCAGUCGUCUCCGAAGAGCCCCCCCUCUCCUCAGCAGACCCACGUUACGACGGCGCGGCAGAGACAGCGAUGCGCCAACUGUUUUGCUACUUUCGACGGCGCCGAGGAUCUGCAGAGUCAUCUCCAACUGCAGAAGUGCUCAAACAUCUUUGGAUUUGACUCUGAUGACGAGGGCAACAGUUGAACAUGUCUAAUAAAGUCUAAGUGAAGUGACAUUUUGGAUGCAUAAUAUACUGACCUGCGUGGAGCCCACCGGAGGAAUCCUAACUCAACAGAUCCAUGCUCUCUGGAUGACUUGUUCAUUGCUGUGGGCAACGACUUGGCCAUCUGGAGCCUGAGAACUGAAAGGGAUACCUGACUUUGACUGCAGCACGUGCCUGUAGGACCGGUCGGAACACACGAAAACGGCCGAUCGACAAAAGACAACCGAACUGAAUCCCAGUCCGACCGUUGGCCGAACAGCUAGUACUGAAGUGCCUGCUCUGGAACCACCGUGCUGUUUCCAGCUCCUUCACCUGGUAUGGAGAUUAAGAAUUGUGGCUUAAAGACUGGACUCUUGAAAGCUGUGAAAAAAAAACAAAAAAAAACAACACUUGAGCCAGACGACAAGGCUGCUCCUGCUAUCACUAGGAUACAUAAUUUUUCACAUCAGUAAGCCAUAUAAUGCCAUUAUUUGCUUUUUGCACUCUUCUCAUACGAUUUAUCAAUUUCUUUCUGCUUAAACUCUCAAAGUGAUGGGGAUUGUGAAAUGAAUGAAGCAUCUUACAAAUCAUGCUAUUUUAACAUCCUGAGGUUGCGUAUGAUUUUCUUACAUUAGCAAAGUUGUAAGAUUGCUGUAUCAGAGUCUUCUUUGGGAUAAUGUUAUGUAUAACUCUUGUUUAAAUACUAAUUGUAUUUCUUAUAUCCCUAUGGGGUUGAUUAGGUAUGUGCUUGUCCUCACCAUGAGUAACCAGUAGGGGGCAGUGUGCACCAAUCUCUUUAGGUUAACAGUUUGUUUUGUUUUUUUCUUUUCCUCUUGCAGAACAUAAGAUAUUAUUUUCCCAGUUUUGCAACAGAAGGAUUUCUACAUACAAAUGCUGCUCCACUGUAUUUUAUCACUGGAUGGACUCAAGAAAUGGUUUCAGUUCCUGCUACCAACCACAAAAUGUGCCAGUAUCCCACUGAUAUUUUUGCUGGGUUCUGUCACUGAUCAUGUUCUGUUAAUUAUUUGCGGUCAGUGGAGCAGCUGACAUCCUUGCUUAUAUUUUCUCACUUAAACAUAGAUUUGUAUCUACUGAACUUGUCCAAGACCAUAGAAAGAAACAUUGUGAUUUCUCUUUUAGGUCGAAUGUUCGUUCCUUCAAAGAGAACGUCCUAAACAACCACAGUUUCUAAGUGUUACCAGGAGACCUCAUCAGUCUUUCAUGAUCAGCGGCAGGUUAUAUUUAUUUAAGUUUUUUUUUUUUUUUUUUUUGUAAAUAUAUGAAGAGUUUCAGUGGCUUAUUAUAAAAUGGGAUGUCGGAGCUGGGUUUAUAUUUUGUUCUUGAAGUAAAAAUAAAACUUAUUUCGAAUGGCA